UUGAGUUUGUGGUGUGGAUGUUUUAGCUAGGUUCGUUUCUAUGCCAUUAUGUGACGAUCUUCUCAUGGGUCUCCUAUACUAGCAGGAGCUCCUGGAGACAGGCCGUUACACUGAUAGUGAUUCAUUUAUAUUGGACCUCAACUGAGUUAAAAUCACUUGAAGGAUUCUAUAAUUUCACAGGAUACUAUGUUUGCCAAAAUUUAUAUUUUCAAAAACUUAGAAUACAUGUUUAACUCCAGCAGCUUUUUAUUUCCCGAGAAAAAAGAAAAUGACUCCAGCAGCCUGCAGUUUGACCCAUGUAGGUAGCCUGAGAACUUUGUGGAGAAAAAUAAUCAGAAAAGGAAAUUCUCUGGUAGCAAAAAUCAGAUGAUAAAAUAGAUGGUCAACUAUCAUUUUGAGUUUCUUUUUCUUUUUUGCAAAGAGUUUUUGGGUUACUUUUUUACUUACAAGUGAUUUAACCUAGGGCCAGGAGGUAAUCGUUAUCUUCGUCAAAGUGUUUAAUUGGUAAGUGAUGUUCAAAAUGUUAGGGAUACUUUGAGGAUUCAGCUAGGUUGAUGCUUUUUCCUAUUUUUGGAUUGUUGCUUGUCAUUUGCACCUCUCUAUAUUUUAUUCUUUUUGUCUUUGGACCUGAUCAGUGAGGCACAAUUUUAUACUAUAUUUAUGAUGUUAUAUCAGUUUUGCCAUAAUUUAUUUGAUGUUACAACUUCAUCAUACGCUGGGAAUGACCUUAGAUUGAGGUAUGAAAAAUUCUUGAGUUAAUGUCUGCCUAAAAUACGCCAAACCUGCUUUUCCAAGGGCCUGCAACUUAUAUCUAGAAUGAGCAUACAAAGUACAUCUGCAUGUUUGAAUUUUAAGUCUUACCUUUUUUCUGUUGUGUUGGCAUAUCCUCAUGCAGAUUAUGCAAAGCCGUGAUCCUGAAGUGAGCGAAGACACAGAGAAGAGUUUUGCUGAGCUGAAGCUACGAGAAGUUGAAGCUUUGGAAAGUCAGCAGCGUGCUGACAUGGCACUGCUUGAGGCCAAGAAGAUAACAUCCCAAUAUCAGAAAGAGGCAGACAAAUGCAAUUCCGGGAUGGAAACUUGUGAAGAAACAAGGGAAAAGGCUGAAGCAGCUUUAUCAGCACAAAGGAAACUAACUGCAAUUUGGGAGAUAAGGGCUCGGCAGAGAGGAUGGAAAGGAGUUGCCAAAACUCUCACUCAAUCCCAGGGAAAUGUUCAAGUUGUGUGAAAAGCUGAUGCCUCAAGUAUGCUGUCUUGCGAAUGGGUACACGACACAUUUCUCUAAUUUCCAUGUCUGACCGCGAAGCGGGAUGAAGUUUUUAUGAAUUUGAUCAACAAGGUUGAACUAUUUGAUCCAUUCUGAUUAAUUUUAAGUGUUGAAGUAUCAAUUUGUUUCUUGGCUUUCAACAUGGCCAUUUAUCAGCAAACCAUUGCCC